GCAGAUUCAGUCUAGUUAGCCAUGGCGGCCACAGGAGGAGGGAAAAUUAGAACAAGAAGAUAUCAUAUCGCUUCUAAACCGUACGCCAAAGGCAAACAGCAGCCAGGCCUGAUAAGUCGAGUCACAGACACAGUCAAGAGCAUCGUCCCGUCCUGGCUACAGAAGUACUUCAAAAAUGGGGAGAUGGUGGAAGAGGAGGGAGGCACACCUGUGGAGGACCAGAACAACGUGGCCCCUCCCCCCAACGGCAACGAGGAGACUGUCCCACUCCCAGACGGAAGGGCCACGCCCGAACCUAGCACUAGUAACACAGAACCUUCUACGAGCAGAGCGUCUCUCAACUUCCAGGACGCCCUGUCACGGCCCCCGCUCAACCGCUCUCACCUGCACUUCGCCAGCCUGGACGGCUCGCCGGCGCUGGCGGGCUCCAGUUCCCUCUUCUCCCAGCCUUCCACGUCCUCCGCCCCCUUCGGCGGGGGCUCCUUCGCCGUAGCCUCCUCCAGUUUCUCCCUGGUGAAGGAGAUCAAGGACUCGAGCUCGCAGCACGAAGACGACAACAUCUCCACGACCAGCGGCUUCUCGUCCCGGGCGUCCGACAAGGAUGUACCUGCUUCAAAGCCUGCACCGCUGCUCUGGUCCCCAGAGACCGACCGAACCCACUCCGGAUCGCAGCCGGCCCAGUCCAGUAUGAAGAAGCCCGCCUUCAACCUGUCAGUCUUUGGCACAUCCGCAUCGACAACAAUGAGCAACUCAGUGCUGAACUCCAGUCAGUUAGGGGACUCACCUUUCUAUCCAGGGAAGACCACAUACGGAGGAGCUGCUGCUGCCAGGACAGCCCGCCCACACCCGGGAACUCCUUACCAGGCUCCAGUGAGGAGACAGAUUAAGGCCAAGCCUGCCGGGGCCCAGCCGUGUGGGGUGACCAGUGCCACGGCCAGACGCAUCCUACAGUCUCUAGAGCGCAUGUCCAGCCCGCUCGCCGAUGCUAAACGAAUCCCAUCUACAAUCUCUUCACCUUUGUCGACGUCACUGGGCCAUUCAGAUUUAGACAUUUCACAUUUACAAUCUAAGAAGAAGAGGCUGGAUCCAGCGUUGCCGCCUGUCCAGAAGCUGGUGGUCCCGUCGGCAGCGAGCCUUGGGGGGAACCGCUCCAUGUCUUUCCGGCCCUCUCUGACUCCUGGCGGAGUGACCAGAGCGGUGGAGAAGACCGGCAGAGAGACGCCUGUGAGACAGUCGCCGCAAAUCCCAGAUGCUCCUCCGACCCUCCCUCAAAGCACAAUCAGUCUGCCCUGCCCUCUGUCAAGCACGCCUGCAGCCAACAGCACAGGCUCAGGAGGAGGUAAAAUGAAGAGGGAGAGGAGCAUACGACCCUCAUCCAAAAAACCUGAAGAAGAGGUUGCCACGUUACCAGACCUACCAGCCAUUUCUCUUCCCAUAAGCACCUUUUCUUUGCCCACGUUCAGUUUCUCUUCACCUCCCCCCACCUCCUCAGUCAUGUCCACUGCCAACCCAAUGACUCCUGUUGCUGAGGAGCCUGUCUCUAGUAAGGAACCGCCCGCCGCAUCAUCGCCACCCUGCGUUCCCUUCACCUUCUCCUCACCCAUCGUCAAGGCAACCGCUGCUAGUCCGCCGUCUUUCUCCCCAUCCUCUGGAUUUACCUUCAGUGCACCUGCUAUGAAAACUGGUCCCUCGAAUCCCAGCGGGGAGACUAUACCAAUGGUUGUACCCGUGAAAUCCUCUACUAGUGAAAGCAAGGAUGAGUUUAAGGGACUUGCCAAACCUGCAAAAGUCCUUAAACAAGGCAGUGUCUUGGAUAUUCUUAAAGGACCUGGAUUUGCUUCUCCGGCGAGGAGCUCCCCCAGUCCGGAAACGUCCGCACAAACCCCGGCCUCCACUCAGGCUGCACUCGUCGCCCCUGCCACUGGUUUCGGCGACCAGUUCAAACCGGCGGCGGGAUCCUGGAACUGUGACACAUGCCUGCUGCAAAACAAACCCUCGGACAAGAAAUGCGUGGCCUGCCAGUCGCCACAACCAAACGCAGACUCUUCUUCUAAAUCGGACAGUAAACCCGCCGAGGCCCCUUCCGGGUUCGGCGCUCGUUUCGCCCCUCCGGCCGGUAGCUGGGAAUGCGACACGUGUCUGGUUCAGAACAAACCAGAGGUGGUCAGAUGCGUGGCCUGUGACACCGCAAAACCCGGGACUGGAGUUAAACCCACCCUGACGUUACCCGCCAUCUCGGAACCCGCUCCCUCUUCUUCCUCCGCCCCUGCAUCCACUACCACAGCCACCGCCUCCACCUCUCAGGCGUCUGGGUUCCUGGGCUUUGGGGACAAGUUUAAGAAGGCGGAGGGGGCGUGGGAGUGUGACGUGUGCAUGGUGGAAAACAAAGCACAGGACGUUAAGUGUGUAGCCUGCCAAAGCGCUAAACCAGGAGCAAAGGCCGCAGCAGCCCCGGCUCUACCUGCCGUCUCUACCCCUGCCAGCACUGCGCCUCCUCUAGGCUUUGGAGACAAAUUCAAAAAGCCAGAGGGGAGCUGGGAUUGUGAUGUUUGCUGUGUACAGAACAAGGCGGAAGACCAGAAGUGUGUUGCCUGCCAAUCUCCCAAGCCUGGAGCUAAAGUAGAGGUCAAAGGUUUCGGGUCUUCAUCUUUUGGUGUCCAGUCAUCCAGCCUGGAUUCCAGUUCGACUGGUUUCAAGUUUGGUACCAGUUCUUCAGACUCUACCUCUGGAGGUCUUAAAUUUGGUGCUGGUUUUUCAGAUUCCUCCACAACUACACAAGGGGGCUUUAAAUUUGGCAACACCUCCUCAGACUCCAAUUCCACAGGCUUCAAAUUUGGCGCUGCUUCGUCCUCCUCCUCCUCCUCCUCCUCAAACUCUUCAGGUGGGGGGUUCAAAUUCGGAACCUCAGCAAAAGCCCCCACCACAGACACUGCUGGUUCUGCUGGAGGUUUUAAGUUUGGAGCCACGUCUACAGAAGCCUCCACAGACGCAACAAGUUCUGCUGGCGGCUUUAAAUUUGGAGGAGCUUCAACAGAAAGCGCCUCCACAGAGACAAGUUCAACUGGAGGAUUUAAAUUUGGUGGUUCCUCAACCGAAACGUCCUCCAAAGACACAGGUUCUGCCGGAGGUUUUAAAUUUGGAGGAGCCUCAACUGAAACCUCCUCCGCGGACAAAAGCUCUGCCGGGGGCUUCAAGUUUGGCGGUUCCUCCUCCGAAGGCUUCAAAUUCGGAUCUGCCUCAAACUCUGCAUCUUCAGCAAGCGAAGAGAAGAAGGAGGAUUCGCAGUCUACAGGUGCUGGAUUGCAAUUUGGGGCUGCCAGCGAAACCCCCGCUGAUUCGAACGCGAAGCUGAGUUUCACCGCAUUUGGGUCAACGCCCCUCCCCGCGGAGGCUGCGUCUACCACGUCGGCUCCAAACGCGCUCCCUGUUUUCGGGAAGCCGACGGUGACGGAGCCCGCUGCGACGGCCCCGAAAUUCGGGGAACCAGCAUCUAAAGAACCGGCCUUGGCCGCCACAGGGUUCUCAUUUGGUAAAGCAGAAGAGAAGAAGGAUACUUCCAUGCCUUCUGGAUUUUCUUUCGGUGAGACCAAGGAGGCCGAGAAACCAGCUGCAUCCCUGAGUUUCUCUUUCAGUAAACCAGACCCGCCGAAAGACCAGCCCAAACCCACCUUUUCAUUUGGUAAACCCCCCGAGAAAACUGAUUCUGCAGAUGCCCCAAAGCCUAGCUUCAGCUUUGGGCAGAGUGCCUCAGAUGCCACUGCUCCGAAGCCUGCUUUUGGCUUCAUGGCCAGUACCUCUAGCACCCCUGCCACCUCCAACCCCGCCCCCAGCUUGUUUGGAACUUCAGGCAGCGCCGCCCCGGCCGCCAACCCCGCCCCCAACCCCGCCCCUGCCACCGCUCCCGCCCCCGGCAACACCUUCGUAUUCGGGCAAAGUGCUUCUUCCGAGACUCCCAAGACCUUCCUGUUUGGACAGCAGCAGGACACCCAGUCGGGCUCAGCCGCGCCCUCCACCGCCCCGGCACAGCCUUUCCUCUUCGGAGCCGCAUCCAACACGCCGACCGCUUCGUUCUCUUUUGGCGGUUCUGCAGCCUCCACGCCGGCUUCUGCUGCCCCGGGACCCUCAGCUACACCGUCUCCAUUUGUCUUCAACUCUGGCACCCCUUCCUCUGGCUUUGGCUCUGGUCAGACACCCAUUUUUGGACAAGGCUCCUCUCAAACGAGCGCUCCAGCAUUUGGCGCCGGAGCCUCUUCGUUCCCUGCCCCAGCCUCCCAGCCCCCCGCUUUUGGAGCCAAGCCCAAUGCUGCUCCUGUAUUUGGCCAGCAGACUAACCCCACACCUGCUUUUGGAUCCUCUACUGCCCCCAGUGGCCAAGGGUUCCAGUUUGGAGGUGCCAGUGCUUUCGGGGCACCAAGUAACACCACAGGUGUUUUUACGUUCGGGGCGGCGGGAGGCCCUGCCGUAACCCCAGCGGCCUCGCCUGCCAUGCCAGCCCAGCAACCACCCCCUGGCUUCAGCUUCUCCCAGACCCCGGCUUUCAACAUCGGGUCAUCGAAGAACACGUUCAACGCGGCGCCAUCUGGACCGCACUCGAUUACUGGACGGAAGAUCAAGACCGCCAUCCGGCGCAGGAAGUAACCGUGGCAAGAGGAAUUUGAAACGCUGAUGGUCUUAGUAUGUGAAGAGUGGCACUAAGAUGGCUCCUCCUCAGGCCAGAUAGUUUUUGCUAUUGGAGUUUUUGUGUUAGACUGCAGAGAGAGGAAAUCCUGACCGUAAAAGAGGAAUCCAAAAGAGACUUUAAAACAAUCAAGCGAGAAUCUUCUGCUUAACAAUAAAACAAUAUAUUUUCAAAAAUCUGCAUCAUCAGCAAGUAUUUGCGCAUGACUU